AUGGCCGACAAUUUUGGGAAGAAAGAACGCAGAAAAAGUCUGAGCGUGUUCGGUUCGUCGACGACGACCUCAAUCCUCUCCGGGCCUACGGCCCAUGAUCGAUCCCCUUCCGAUGAUGUCCACACCUUGAAGAAGAAGACCCGUCGCAACUCUGGGUUUUUCACGGGUCGGAGUGACAGUCCAGCCAGAACCCCAGCCGUGCAGGGCCUCCGUCGACCCAAUACCCCGGAUUCCGAAACAGCUGCCUGGGCGGCUUCCGUUUCCACCGCCACGGCCCCCGACCUUUCUCGUUCCCGUCGGAAAUCGUUGCAGAAGAAGCGUACGUCAGUGUUCGGCUCCCUGCGAUCCCUCCAUUCGCUGGACGACGAUGAGAAAUCGCUAGGGCGCUCCAAGGGUUCGUCCGGUGACGAUGAUGAUGUAUCCGAUCCCCGGCCCGGUGUCGGUUCGAUGAUUCUGCACCAUGGAGAAAUGCAGACCACGGGUGGAAUGUGGAGGAAGAAAAGCCAGUACCUGGUCCUGACCGAUACACAUCUCAUUCGAUUCAAAAGCCAGGGGAAAGCGGCCGACGUGUUUUCAUCGAUUCCUCCAUCGUUUGCACGCUCCACGGCCGCAAACCGUCAGUCGGUCGCAUCCAUCAGUUCGCUUCAAGAAACUCAGCUGCCGGCCUCUAGUGAUUCUUUUGCGGGUAUUCAUCUGAAUAGUAUCAUUGCUGUUUACAUGUUAGAUGAUGGAAGACCUUCCUCGACGGUCGAGGUGGCUUACUUGGAUGAGCGGUCACAUAAGGCUGCAUUCAUGCAGAUGCAGACGUCAGAUUAUCAGGAACUAAACCUGUGGAUGGUGGGAAUUCGCUCAGCAGCCGAACUGGUCCGCGCAGCCGAUCCGAUGUAUUUUGAUCAAAGGUCCGUCGAACAUGUUGCCAGAAUGUUGGAGUAUGAAAGAGAUUAUGAUCCAGAGAACUUUCGCAUGUUUCGUGUGAUCCAAAUGGCCUCUAGCAAGUCCGCUGCGCGGACGUCAUCCGACGAUCUUACCAAAUUAUCUCCCACUGGCUGCUAUCUGGCUCUUGGGUUACACAAACUUCAUCUAAUUCCCUUCCAGAAGACUUCCAGUCGGGCUUCGGUUGUUUCAUUGGCGGAUAUGGAAACGGUGACAUCAUUCGGGCUCAUGAACCUGACUUGCCUAUCGAUGGAAUGGGGGGAUGAUAGCCUGCAUCUAACGUUUCGCGUUCCACUUCGUAAACAGUUCUCGGUUUUCCUCGCAUCUGUGCAUUCGCUCGAGAUUGCCUUCUGGAUAAGGCAACACACCGAAUACCUACGGCCCCUUUGGAUUAAACAGCCAUAUGACUUUAUCGUGCCCCGCGACCUCGAUAACGAUAGUAAUUUCCUCCCCGUGUCGCUGGACGAGGACUACGGUUGUUUCGACCGGACACUGGUCGCCUACUCCGCUAGUUAUGAUAUCGAUACCUCCAAUAUUCGUUAUACAAUCGACGUACAAUGCGACGAUGCUCCGUGCUUUAGACUCCUACCACCAGCUUCCCCGCGGCGCCAGAAAUACACACCCCUAGAGCUAAUUGCGGUUAUGCGAGCUCUUCGGUAUAACGAAUCCUUUCGGUCAAUAUCGUUUAGUGGUGUCAGCUUAGACCCACUCCAAGCUAUCCGCGAUCUUCAUGGGCUUGACAAGGAUGCGCGGCUGAGUCGUGCAUGUGCUGUCAUUCAGAUUCCUGGGCAAGAAAACCUGUCUGUUCUAUCCCAGGAAGUUCGUGCAUUGACUUUGAAAAGUAAAUGGCUCCGGCGUCUUGAUUUCUCCUACUGUUUAAGCCGCACACCCAAGACCGAUAUCGAAAGCCACGAUCCUGGCUGUGGUAUUCCGGAAGCUAUUUUCCCCAUCUGUCGACGAGAAUUAACAAGCGUUGAUUGGGUUGUGCUUAACGGUAUCAAACUUGGUGACUCGGACCUUGACUAUCUGGUGGAUGCUGCCUCCCAGAGAAGUAGCCAUCUGCGAGCUCUAGAGGUUGGAAACUGCGGUUUGUCUGUUCAUGAUAUCGACUUGUUGCUUUCGACAAUCGUCGCUCAGGAUUCGACUUUGGAAGCGAUCAACAUCUCUGGUGUUCAAGGCCGUUUGAAUCCCGAUGUACUACAACGCUACAUUGGCUUCUUUAGCCAAAUCAAAAAAGUCGACCUAACACGCCUUUCGAGAACUUCGGGCCCGGAGCCACUUAUCACUGCGGAGACCCUGUUCAAUUGGCGAUUGGAGGAACUUUCCUUGAGCCGGACUGCUGUCAAUAGGGAAACUGUUGAUGCGAUCGCCACAUAUUUGGCCAGUGAUAGGUCUCAUAACUUGCGUGUACUUCGACUUGACCAGUGUGGCCUAACCGGCGAGGAUGUAGCCACGUUCUUGCAUUCGAUGGCUGUCAGCGGAAGCUCGCGCCCCCUGCACUUGCAUGUUAAUGAGAACCGACUCGAUAGUGGCUGUUCGUACUUGUUCAAGGCAAUCGCCCAGAACAAGACCCCAUCCCACUUAUCGAUGAGGAUGAUUGACUUCAAAAAGGAAGAACAGUUCCGCGAUCUAGUCGAAGCUCUAAGAAAGAACAAAACGCUGAAGUACUUGGAUAUUUCAAAAGCAUCUCUUCCGUAUGACGCAGGUCCCGAGACGUGCAAGUCGUUGCAGAUGAUGUUCGAAGAAAACGAAACUCUGGAAGAUUUGGACAUCGGCGGAGAAAGCGCACACUUGGAUGUCGCCCGGUUUGGGAUUGGUCUCAAUUUGGCAUUGACUGGUUUGAAAAAGAACAAGUCUUUGAAGGUUUUGCGAAUCGAGCACCAAAAACUUGGUCUCCAGGGUGCAAACACAUUGGCGUCUGUGCUACUCGACAACGACUGUCUUCGUGAGGUCUACUGCGAAAACAAUGAUAUCAACCUGCAAUCAUUCACGGUUUUGGUCAAUGGCUUGCAAGGAAACAGAUCCCUGCUGGUUCUAUCCUGUAUGGAUCGGGACAGAAUUAAUUCGCUUGACAAAGUACGCCGAGAGAUUGAAAGUGUGAGGCGUGAUAAUAGCCAUACACAGCACUCUACCUCGAGCUCAAUCCGACGAUCUAUCCAUGCAGCGAGACAUGUCAAGAAUGCGGCAGUCGGAAACAAGUUGACCAAACAUCAAUCGACGGCGAGCCUACAACGCGCUGGCGCUUCUACACCAAUCAAUCCCUCCUCGUCUGUAGAAGCCCCUAAUGUCGUGAGCUAUGACGUCGAGUUCGUCUUGAGCUCUUUGGGUCGGAAAUGGGACGCCGAGGUGGCUCGUCUGCGUCGGUAUUUGUUUCGAAACUACAACUUGGUCAAUGGGAUUGACGAGGCGUCUGGCAGUAUUCCUGAUGACGCUGCCAGCGAUGGCCGGCCAACCACCGCUAUGAGCAUUGGGACUAUGCUGGACAGUCUCAAGUUUGAACUGACUGUAUCUGAGAACGAAGUUCACGGUGUCACGCAGGGUCAUAGCGCCCAGCCGUCUCUGGAUUCCAUUGAUCAAGGCCAGUCCAAUCAUUUACAGAUCUUCAACAGCCUUGACUCUGAAGGCAAUCCGAAUACCCUAAUGAAGCAGCGUCCUCAAACUGCUCCAUUUUCAUUUCCUGAACAUUGCCCUCGGAUUCUACCAGCUGAAUACACUUCUGGGCAAGGCUCUUCCGCGCGCCUGGCUGUUCCGGUUCCUGCUAUGCCUUCAACCGUCCACAAAACAGGCAGCGUACGAAGCGCCCGCAGCUCCAGCACCGUCUCCACCAGUACCGGGACCGCUGCGAGCUCGCGAAGUACAUACGGCUCAGCUUCCUCGACGUUGCGAGGUUUUCUUAGUGGAAGCGCGUCAAAGGAGCGCAGGAAAAUAGAGAAAAUGCGACCCGGGUCUGUCUGUGUGUCGAAUGAAAAAGCACCAAAGCUGGACUGGUCACCACCUCACCUUGAUUUACGGGACUUUCGGUAG